AUGUGCAAAUACACCUACCACCACUACCCUAACUGCGGCCACAUCGGCUCCUUCACCAUCGACAGCUGCGUCUACUUCCUCAACGCCCUCCGCACCGACACCUGGGCCGGCGCAGACCCCAAGUCCUGCACCAACGUCCGCGAGCACCACGACCUGCUCAACACCACCAACGCCGUCUACUGCGGCCAGUGCGAGCGCGAUUGGAACCAGCGCCUCCUCAAGGACGGCAUCGAAGCCAUCCUCCACGGCCCACGGCCCUCCCACAGCCCCAUCGAAGGUCUCGGUCUGCCGAGCCCCAUCCUUACCACCCAGAUGGCCAUGCAUCUCUCCCAGGGCCCGGCCUUCGACCACACUUUUCUCAAUCUCGACUCUGACAAGGAGUCCACGGCAAGUGCUGCCAGCACCCCGAAACCCAGGUUCCCGACUCUGCACAUCCCCCCUCCGCCCUCUCUCCCGGCCGCACGCGCCAACCCCCAGGGACUGUGCCGCGACGGCAUGAACCUCGACACCCCACACGGUGAGACCAGUGCAGCCCACGGCUCCGAAAUCAAUGACUACGAGCUCGUCGAUACUGACAUGGUAGCCCCCCAGAUGAUAUCUCCAUUGAUUAAGUUCGAGGACGAUGAAAACGACGACGAUGACGACUUCGAGAGCGUCGCGGCCUCCGACUCCGACUGCGCCGACACAGAAGACCGCGCCGCCUUCGUCAUGCGCCAGCUGGACAAGCUCCUGCUCCCGUCGUUCCGGGCCAAUACGGCACAGAAGGAUGAACAGGACGUGGCGAGGGAGUCAAGCCGGGCGUCAUUGAGGCGGACUUGUCCUGCGCGCACGGCGCUGCUGACGCCUAUGUAUGACACCUUCCCUGGUUUUGUUCCUGAUAGAGACGAUGGCGGCGACGACGACGACGACGAUGAAGACGAGGAGGAGCUCGAGGAUGCGAAAGAUGAGGAUUAUUGGAACGAUAGGACGGUGCUGCAGUCGCCUGUGCAUCCAUCCACCACCUCUGGGACACUACCUCUCGGCCUAGGUCGCGAUCGAGGGCUCCUCGUGGACAAGUACCUGCCGCACGCAAUCCUCGCCAACGACAUCGGCGGGAUCGUCGAGAAAAUCGGACCAGACGUGCAAAAGUUCUCCGUGGGCGACAGGAUUGUCGGACAGUCCAACAUCCUCUCCGGCGGCGCAGACCAAGCCGGACUGCAACAGUUCUGCGUCCUCGACGCGGAGUACGCCGCGCCCAUCCCCUCCGCUCUGAGCUUCGACCAGGCGGCGACGAUCCCCGUGAACGCGAUGGCGAGCUUCAUCGCCCUAUUCGACGCGUCCGGGCUGGAGCUGGCGCCUGCAUUCCUGGGCCCGUUGGCGACGGCGGCGACGGCGUUCGACUACCGCCACGAAGCGAUCGUCAUCAUCGGCGGCGGCUCCAACUGCGGGAAAUUCGCCCUCCAGUUUGCGCGCCUGGCCGGCUUCGGGAAGAUCAUCACCACGGCCAAGAUCCGCGACGGCAGCGAGCGGUCGCUCCGGGAUCUCGGGGCCACGCACGUCAUUGACCGGGACGCCGCCGAUGUCGAAGACCAGAUCCGGGCGCUGGUCGGAGACGACCUGCUGUAUGCCUUUGAUCCCGUCAAUGGGGCUCAUCAGCUGGCGCUGGAGCUUCUCUCUACCACCAAGAAGGGGUCGUUGGCAACGCUGGUGCGCGGAGAGGCGGAUCCGGUAAUCGCUGCCCGGAAACGCGCGGGCUUUAAGAAGAACCAGAUUCUUGGAGUCAGUGACGUGCACAAGGAGCUGGCUGCGCAGUUCUGGAGGGAGCUACCCGGCUGGAUUGAGGCAGGAAAGCUCCAGCCGCUGGACUAUACGGUCAUUGACGGACUCGACGCUGGGAAAGUCAACAGCCUGCUCGAUGAUUACCGCGACGGUCGGCCGGUAGUCAAGACUCAUGUGCAUCCCAAUAAUGGGAGUUUGAUCGAGAAUGGGCAGACCAGCUUGUAA